AUGACAACGACGCUCUCGGGCACGGAAUUCCGUCACAUUCGCAACAAAGACGCCGAGAAACAGGCUCAGACGCCCGAAUUGAUCGAGCGCGUGAGCGAAUCGCUCGGAAAGGCCGUCGACGCGCUGUUCCGCAAGCAGCACGAGGACGGCCACUGGAUCGCGGAAUUCGAGGGGGAUUCGAUCCUCUCCUCCGAGUACCUGCUCAUGAAGGUGAUCCUCGCGCAGGACGAGGCGCCGGAGGCGAGUGAGACGGAUUUGCGCCGCUUCGCGAAGCUCUGCGAGCACAUGCGCAUCCACCAGCGCGCCGACGGGACGUGGGGCCAGUACCCCGGCUCGCCGCCGGACAUCAGCGCGACGGUGAAGGCGUAUUUCGCGCUCAAGCUCUUCGGCGACGACCGCGACGCGCCGCACAUGGCGCGCGCGCGGGAGGCGAUCCUCGGGCUGGGCGGCGCGGAGAAGAUUAACACGUUCUCGAUGUUCUACCUCGCGUGCCUCGGGCAGGUGACGUGGAACGCCGUGCCCUGCAUCCCGCCGGAGGUGGUGUUCCUCCCGCGCUGGUCGCCCUUCCACUUGGACAAGGUGAGCGCGUGGACGCGGACGAUGAUCCUCCCCCUCGCCAUCUGCAGCGCGACCCGCCCGACGCGUCGGCUGCCGUCGAACCGCGGCAUCGGCGAGCUGUUCGUCGACCAGGCGAACCGCGACCGGCUCAACCAGGAGCGCGUGCCGAACGACCCGGCGCACUGGACCAACAUUUUUCUGACGAUCGAUUCCGCGCUGAAGAAGCUGCAGGACCUCAAGAUCACGCCCAUGCGCAGCGCGUCGCUGAAGCGCGCCGAAUCGUGGCUCCUCGAGCGCCUGAGCGGCGACACGACGGACGGGCUCGGCGCGAUCUUCCCGCCGAUGGUCUACAUCCAGGUCGCGUUCAAGGCGCUGGGCUACGAGCGCACGCACCCGGUCAUUCAACUCGCGGAGAAGGAGCUGGACCGCUUCUUCGUGGAGAAAGAGGACCACGCCCGCAUCCAGCCGUGCUUCAGUCCCGUCUGGGACACCGGCACGGCGCUGUACGCGAUCACGGAGGCGGGGCUCAACGUCACGAACGAUCCGCGCAUCGCCAACACCUGCGCCUGGCUCAUGGACCGCGAGGUGAAGAUCAACGCGGACUGGCACAACAACCUGCGACCUGAGCAUAAGAACAUCUCCGUCGGCCCGGGCGGCAACGCCGCGGCCUGGGCGUUCGAGUACCAGAACGACUGGUACCCGGACGUGGACGACUCGGCGAUGGUGCUCAUGGCGCUGAAGCGCGCGACGAUCGGCGCGGGGGACACGCCCACCGCCCGGCGCGUGAGCCGCGCCGCGGAGCGCGGGCUGCGCUGGAUCCUGGCGAUGCAGAACGACGACGGCGGCUGGGCGGCGUUCGACCGCACGACCGACCGCCCGUGGAUGGAGUGCGUCCCCUUCGCGGACCACAACGCCAUGCAGGACCCGAGCUGCGCGGACAUCACGGGGCGGACGAUCGAGUCGCUCAUCACCAACGGCCUCACGCCGAAUCAUGAGUCCGUGCGCAAAGCGCUGGACUACCUCCGCAACGAGCAGCGCCCCGAGGGGUGCUGGUGGGGGCGGUGGGGCGUGAACUUCAUCUACGGGACGUGGCAGGCCGUUGGCGGCCUCGCCGCGGCCGGCGAGGACACGUCCCAGCCGUACCUCAAGAAGACGCUCGAGUGGCUCCGCUCGAUCCAGAACGAGGACGGCGGCUUCGGCGAGUCGGCGAACUCGUACCUCGACGAGUCGCUCAUGGGCCGCGGGCCAUCGACGCCCUCGCAGACGGCGUGGGCGGUGAUCACGCUCAUGAACCUUCUCGGCGCGAAGGACGCGGGCGUCGAGCGGGCGAUCGAGUACCUGGUGCGCGAGCAGCUCACCGAGGACACGCCCGCGGAGUACCCGGUCCACCCGAUCGACGAGCCCGCCGGCUCGUGGCGCGAGGCGGAGUUCACGGGUACGGGCUUCCCCAAGGUGUUCUACAUCCGCUACCACCUGUACCGGCACUACUUCCCGAUGAUGGCGCUGGCGCGCUACGCGAAGCUGGCCGGCGGUGGGGAUCGGGUUGACGGCGUGCGCGGGCGCGGGGUGCUCGUGGACGGAGGGCGGUGUGUGCGGGUUUCGGGGAGUGAUGGUCGGCGUCGCGGAACGCCGGGCGGUGUCGGUGCCGACGGAGGCGCAGGCGCUGGUGGAAGUGAUCGAGUUCAGCCAAGGAGACGAACGAUGAGACGAAUCGGGAUGGGUGUGGCGGCGUGCGCGGUGGCGAUGGGCGGGUGCUCGGAUCGGCUGUUGCGCGAGACGGUCUUCGCGAACACGGGGACGAUGGUGGGCGUGUCGAUCGGGCAGUCGGCGACGACGGGGGCAUACGAGCUCAACGCGGGGUUUGCGCGCCACGAGCUCUUCCUCGUGCCGACGGACAAGACGAUCGCGUACGACGAGUCCGCGGGGACGGAGUCCCACGCGUCCGCCGGCGCGGAGAAGACGGCGAACGUCAUCGGCGAGAUCCAGGUCGGCGGCGCGGGGCGCGGCCCGGGCGGACGCGUCGAGACGUACCAGCGACUCGCGGUCGGGGACCUCGCGGUCCGCUCCGGCGCGGCGGUCGCGCUGAUGGCGCGCGACGCCUCGACCGCGGCCGUCGUCACCGGCACGCGGGCGGCGUUCGUGAAACGCAUCGGCGAGCUGGGUCGCGAGCUGGCGGGGUCGAGUGUGAGCGUUGACGGCGAGGUGAUGGCGUGGGGUGAGGCGCGGGAGGCGAUCGCGAUGUCCCUCGGCUUCGGCAGCUACGCGACGCUCGUGAACAAGGGGAACGAGGUGGCGCUGUCGGAUUUCAUCGAGGUCGCCGAGUCGGCGAAGAUGAAGGCGGAGACGCUCGCGAAGGAACUCCGGAUCCCCGCGCCGCCGGAUGAGCGGGUGGUGCGGCUGGAGGUGCGGUCGGGGGAUGAGUCGAUCGUGAUCGAGGGGGCGGGAGCGAUCGUGGAGCGGGCGCCGGGGAAGCUGAAUCUGGCGCUCGCCGUUGACCGGGCGCUGCCCGAUGAUCACGCCUACGCGGGGUACCACCCGAUCGCCUCGUGGAUGGCGCCCAUCGCGCUCGCGGACGAGCUGCUGCUCACGCGCCUGGACGAAGGGAGCCUGUCGCGCUACGCGAUCCUGUGGCACCCCGACGCGGCGCGGACGAGCCCGAUCGACUGGUCCAUCACGAAGGACCUCGCGGUGCGCGCGCACCUGGCGCUGCAGGAAACCGUCGGGCGUGAGCUGCCCGUGCAGCUCAAGCUCGAGAAGCGGAUCCCCGUCGGCGGCGGGCUCGGGGGCGGCUCGAGCGACGCGGCCUCCAUGCUGCUCGGGCUCCGCGAGCUGUUCGGGCUGGAGGUCGACGACGAGACGCUCUCGGGCAUCGCGAUCUCGCUCGGCUCGGACGUGCCGUACUUCCUGCGUGGCGGCUCGUGCGUGAUCGAGAACCUGGGCGAGGCGGUGAGCGCGGCGCCGACGCCCGACGGAUGGGCGGUGCUCGUCGCGCCGGGGUUCGGCUGCGCGACGGGGCGCGUGUACGGCGCGUUCGACGAGGAGCCGCCCGAGACCUUCCGCGCGGACGACGUGCGGGCGCUCGCGGAAGCGGGGGCGGCGCACGGGGCGGACCUCUUUAACGACCUCGAAGCGCCCGCGGUGCGCGUCGAGCCCCGUCUGGGCGAGCUGAUCGAAUCGUUGCGUGAUGCCACGGGCGAGCCGUUCCGCGUCACGGGGAGCGGGUCGACGCUCUUCGCGAUCGCGCCGGACGACCUCGCCGCGCACGCCCUGGCGGACGAAGCGCGGGCGGUGGACGGCGAUUCGGCGGUGCUCGUCGUGCGAUCCGCGCGAGGUGCGCGGGCCGUGCCGGCGCCGCCGGUCGAACACGCAAGGAGGUGCGCGAUGGUGCGCGGAGCGAUCGUGGUGUUGAGUGCGGGGAGCGUCGCGUCCAGCGCCGGCGCGGUGUUUGUCAGCUCGGGCGACCUGAGCGACCAGUCGGUCCACGUCGGUCACGUGGACGCCAACCCGGCGAACCCGAUGACCGGCGGCGGCUUCGCCAACCCGAACUUCUGGGAGCUCUGGACCUUCACGGUCGACACGCAGAGCGAGGUGACGGUCGACGUCACGCGCCUCGUCAACGAGUUCGACGCCGCCGCGGCCGUCUACAUCGGCGACGCGACGGGCCUGCCCCUGGAUUCGUUCCCGAGCCUGGGCCAGCACGGCGCGCUGCAGACGUUCGCCGGCGGGUUCUCCGACGACAUCGACCCGAACCCGUUCGGGCCGGGCCCGUACUUCGGCGACCCGCGGAUCGAGUUCACGACGCCCGAGCUGGGCGCCCCGCAGGUGUACUCGGUGUUCGUGGUGAACAACGCGGGCGGCUUCCUGCCCGAGGGGUACGACUACGAGAUCUCGGUGACGUACGUGGAGAUCCCGGGCAACGGGAGCGCGGCGCUGAUGGGCCUCGCGGGUCUCGCGGUGCUGCGACGCCGCCACGCCGGGAGCCGGGACGAUGCCCUUGAUCUGGAAGGACGUGAGCGAGCCGGUUCCCUCGUUGAUGAUGAGGUUGUCCAGGCUCACCGUGCCGUUUUCGGCGCGGGUGCGGAGGGCGAGACCGUAGGUCCAGGCGUACUGCGCGGUCUCCGUGGGGGCGGCGGUGGUGGGGCCGAUGUCGAACUCCUGAUCGCCGUUGUUGGCGUUGUUGCCGAUGCGGCCCUGGGCCUCGAACGUGGAGUCGAAGCCGAGCGCGAGAAACUCCGCGUCGGAGUUGAGCUGGGUGUAGAUGAAGCCGGCGUUGGCGGUGGCGCUCCGAUCGCGCCGGGUGAAUUGAAGAACUAUGGAGAGAGCGCGAUGCGGACGCAGUUGAUCUGGAUCGGUAUCGGUGUGUCGAUGGUGUGCGGCGUGUCGAAGGCUGGUGACCUCACCCCGCCGCCCGGCCCGGUCGCGCCGACGAUGCUGACGCUGGACACGGUUGAGCCGCGGACGCCGAUCACGCAGGCGGACCUGCCUCUGACGAUCGCAGACGAGGGGUCGUACUUCCUGGCGGAGAACGUCUUCCCGACGGCGCUGAACCAGCCGUUCAUGAUCCGGAUCGUGUCGGACAACGUGACGCUCGACCUGCGCGGGUUCACGAUUUUGGGCGCGACGGAGGUGACGACGUCGCUGAUCGGUGUGGAGGUGUCCGCCGGCUCGCAGGGCGUGACGAUCCACGACGGGAACAUCUCCGGCGUUCUGAACGAGGGCGUCAACGCGGAGGCCGGCGCCGAGGUCACGCUCCGAGGCCUGAACCUCACGGGGUGCGGGACGGGUGUGUUCCUCGACAGCGGCUCGCUGGUCGAAUCGUGCCGCGCGUCCUCGUGCACGCUCUCGGGCUUCCUGUCCGAGACGGGCGGGAACACCUUCGUGAACUGCCAGGCGGUUUCGAACGGGCAGAGCGGCUUCGCGUUCCGCGACGGGGACUCGGCGCACGGGUGCUCGGCGUACGAGAACGGGGUCGACGGGUUCCAGGGGAACGUGCACACCGUGCUGAUCGGCUGCGCCGCGCGGCUCAACGGACGCGACGGGUUCCUGGCGGGUUUCGCGAGCACGGUCUCGGGGUGCACCUCGACGGGCAACGGGCGGCGUGGCUUCUCCGUGAGCGCGUGCGCCGUGACCGGGUGCGUCGCGGUGAGCAACACCGACGACGGGUUCAACUCGUUCUCCUCGGGCGCGGCGUAUUCCGAGUGCCACGCGAACAGCAACGGCGGCGGCGGCUUCGGCGGCGCGGGCGGCGACUCGUUCCGCGGGUGCACGGCCGUGGGCAACACGCUCAGCGGGAUCGACACGGGCGGCUCGAGCACGGUCACGGGCUGCACCGCGCGGAGCAACGGCGGCGACGGGUUCGUCCUGGGGAGCGGCGACGUGACCGAGUCGAGCAGCGCGAGCAACAACUCGGGCCACGGGUUCAACGUGAGCGGGGCGACCGUCUCGGGGUGUUCCGCGAACAACAACGACACGAGCGGGUUCCGCCUCGCGAGCGUGUCGACGCUGACCGACUGCGUCGCGCGUCAGAACGGCUUCGGCGGGCUCGGGUACGGCUUCCUCGUCGAGGGUUCGAGCAACAUGAUCGCGCGGUGCCGCGCGAACAACAACGACGACGGCGAGUUCCAGAACAACGGCGGCGGGAGCAACCGGAUCGGGACGCUCCGGACGCCGAGAGAGACGAUCAUCGAGCGCGAAGCCGGCGGCGUGCUGUACGUGCGCGUUGUCGCGGGCGACCGCGUCGGUCGCGUCGGCGAGACGAUCGCCUCCAUCCCCAGCGUGGUCUUCGACGCCAAGAAGGCGAGCCUGCGCUCGAUCGUCCUCGAUGUCACCGGGGUGGACGACGCUGCGAGUUAUCGGCUGCUCCCGACCGUCGUGCUCACGUGCCGCGAGGCGAACCGGGCGGGCAUCUCCGUGCGCGUCGUGGCGGGUCAGCACCUGCGUGCGUCGGCGUCGGUGGCGGGGCUGAGCGGGGCGCUGGCGAUCGAGAGAAAGACCCAGAUGCUGAAAUCCGUGCUGCCGCUCGCGCUGUGCCUGUGCGCCUCGACCGCCCUGGCCGGCGACCUCAACCCGCCCCCGGGCCCCGUCGCGCCGACGAUGCUCGCGCUCGACGAGAUCGAGACGUCCAUCCCGAUCAACCAGGAGAACACGCCGGGCGACGCGGACUCGCUCUUCCGGAUCACGAACUCGGGCCGGUACCACCUGACCGGCAACGUGCUCGUCGUCCUCGCGGAGGGCGGGAUCGAGAUCGCGGGCUCGGGGAUCGAGAUCGACCUCCGCGGCUACCGCGUGCAGCUCGGCGCGUCCUCGACCGCGGGCGUCUUCAGCAGCCUCGCCACCGCGACCGACGUGACGAUCCGCAACGGCCGCUUCAUCGGCGGCGGCGGCACCGCGGUGGACCUCUCCCAGGUCGCCAACGCGCGCGUGCAGAGCGUGAUCGUCGAGGGCGCGGGCGGCGACGGCAUCCUCACCGGCGGCUCGGGCGAGGUGGUCGACUGCGAGGUCUCGAACGUCGACGGACGCGGCGUCCGCGUGAGCACGGGCCGCAUCCUUCGGACGAGCGUCGCCAGCGCCGGCCCGUCGCUCCCCUGCUUCGAGCUGGUGUGCUGCGGGACGAUCACCGACUGCGCCGCGACGGGCUCGUCGGGCGACGGCUUCGUGACGGACUCGGACGUCGUCCUCCGCGGUUGCGUCGCGACGGCGACGCGCAACGGCUUCGUGAGCGGCUCCGGCAGCUGCACCUACACGGACUGCAACGCCAACUUCUGUUCGCAGACGGGCUUCUCGAUCGCCGAGGCGGGCAUCGCCCGCUCGUGCGUCGCGCGGAACAACUUCGGCAUCGGGUUCGCCCUCGCGACGGGCGCGACGGCGAGCGGCUGCGUCGCGCGGGAGAACACGCUCAACGGCUUCAACGGCACCUUCAACUGCCGCGUGACGGACUGCGGCGCGAGCGGCAACGGCGGCGAUGGCUUCGCGAUCGGCGAGUCCGGCAUGCUCACCGACUGCACCGCCGACGGCAACGGCAACGACGGCAUCUCCCUCUUCGGCGGCGCCGUCGCCACGCGGUGCUCCUCGCGGAACAACUCCCGCCACGGCAUCCGCCUGGACGAAUCCAACGCGGUGGAGUGCGCCGUCUCGAACAACACGGUCAACGGCAUCGACGCGUCGGACGGCUGCCUGAUCCGGGGGAAUUCCUGCCAAGGGAGCGUCGUGGGGAUCUUCGUCGCGGGCUCGGACAGCCUGAUCGACGAGAACCUCAUCUUCGGGUAUUCGAGCAGGGGCGUCCUGGUCACGGGGUCGAACAACUUCAUCGCGCGCAACGCGUCGACGGGCGGCAUCACCGAGACGUUCGACGUCGCCUCGGGCAACUUCUUCCGCGCCCCGCGCGUCUCCCCCGACACCGCGCUGCCGUGGGACAACAUCCGCCGGCUGCUCGCGGGUGAGCGUGGCGUCGGUGCGCCCCGUCUCGAUGCGGUGCUCGAUCGCGCGGAGACGCCGGCGCACGUCGCGCGGCAGGCCGACCCGCUCGUUCACCACGAGCCCGCACACGCGCUGCUGCUGGUGCGUGCGCCGGCGGACGUGGCGCUUCCGCCGCCAGUGGGCGAAGUACCCGAAGUCCAUGAGGAUCUUCCGCGUGGUGUACGCGAGGGCGCGCAUCACGUCGUCGCUCUCGGUGUCGAGCGAGAAGGUGAGGUCGUCCGCGUAGCGCGUGUACACCGCGCCGAAGCGGCACGCCAGGCCGUUGAGGCGGGCGUCGAGCGUGUAGUUCACGAGGUUCGCCAGGCGCGGGCUCGUCGGCGCGCCCUGCGGCAGUGCGCCGCGGUGCGUCGUGAGCCGCGUCAGCACCCCCGCGGCCUUCUUCGACCACCCGAGGUCGAGGAAGAACCGGUGCACGCGCUGCUCCGUCGUGCUCGGGAAGAAAUCCCGGAUGUCCAUCCGGACGACCACCGCCCGACGACGGUGCGCGUUCGCGUUGUGCACGAUGCUCAGGCCACGCUCGAACCCCACGCAGCACGUGUGCGUCGUCAGGCGUGCCAGAAGCCGCCUGUUGAUCGCCCGCUGCAGCGCCUUGAGCUCGUCGUCGGGCGCCUCGAUCGUGCGCGAGCCGCCGGAGCGCUUCGGGACCGCGAACGUCCGGUACCGCGGCGACACCGUCUCGAGAUCGAGCGCACUCACGCCGAGCCGCUCGGCCAGCUCGUCGAGCGUGCGCCCCUUUUCGCCGAAGACUUUGGAGAGAAAACCCAUGAAAGCGCCCGCCGCCGGGUGAGCGGCGCCGGGGCGGUCCCUGCCGGGAAUGCGAUUCCCGCAUCGCGGUGUCAGAAGAUCCAAUCGGAUCCGGCCGACGAAACAUCGGCCUGUGCUCUGCGUUUGAGCACCACCAGGGAGUGGCCGGAUUCUAAUUCGAUGCCGGAUGAAUCGCGCGACCAACGGGCCCGCGACCACCCGUCCGAUAGCCCGCGCACAUCACCCGUCCCCGGAGCGAAGACCAUGCAGAUCCGAACCGUUCUCGCGUGCGUUGCGUGCUGUGCGUCCGUUGUCACCGCCGGCGACCUGAACCCGCCGCCGGGGCCCGUCGCGCCGACGAUGAAGACGCUCGACGAGAUCGAGCCGUCCACCCCGAUCAACGCGGACACCACGCCGGGCGACGCGGAUUCCAUGUUCCGCAUCACCCAGAGCGGGCGCUACCACCUCACGGGGAAUUCUGUCGCCGAACUCCCCGGCGCGUGGCUCGAGAUCGCGUCCUCAGGCGUCGAGAUCGACCUCCGCGGGCAUGUGGUGGACCUCGGAAUGGCGACGACCUCGGGCAUCUUCGCGAGCGUGCCGACGGCGCGAGACGUGACGGUCCGUAACGGCGCGUUCCGGGGCGGCGGCGGCACCGCGAUCAACCUUCCGGCCGUCGCGAACGUGACGGUCGAGGACAUCGAGAUCGCCGGCGCGGGCGGCUCGGCGGUGCUCCUCGGGCAUUCGAGCGCCGCCACGCGGUGCGUCGUCAACGGGGCGCAGGACGACGGGAUCAGUAUCUCCGGCGGGGGGACCGUUGUGGGCUGCUCGGUCUCGGCCGUCGGCGGCUUCGGCGUGCGCGUGAGCACGGGGCGCAUCCAGGGGUGCGCCGUCGGCAGCGCGGGCACGAGCCCGGGCAGCGACGCGGCGUGCUUCGAGGUGGCCUGCUGCGGGACGGUGGUCGAUUGCCAGGCGCUCGGCGCGCCGGUCACGGGGUUCCGGGCGGGCUCGGACACGUCGAUCGAGCGCUGCAUGGCGACGGGCGUGCUCUACGGGUUCAUCACGGGCGACGGCGGCGUCGUGCGAUCGUGCUCCGCGAGUUUCUGCCAGGUCGACGGGUUCGCCACGAACGGCCCGACACAGUUCGACACGUGCCACGCCCGCACGAACGGCAACUACGGCUUCUCCUGCUUCGACGAGGCGACGUUCGCUGAUUGCUUCGCGGAGGCGAACACCUUCGACGGGUUCAUCGUGCGCGCGCCGGCGUCAUUCCGCGGGUGCAUCGCGCGGGAGAACAGCGGCGAAGGAUUCAACGGUCACACGUCGAGUGUCUUCGAGUCCUGCACGUCGUCGGAGAACACAGGCGCCGGGUUCUCCGCGGGCGAGGGCUCGGCCUUCACGUCCUGCGUGUCGCGAGAGAACGAAGACGGCUUCGUGCUGGCGGCCGAUUCGCUCGCCGACGGCUGCCUCGCCGCGAGCAACGUGAUCGACGGUUUCCGCAUCGUGAGCGGAACCGUCCGCGGGUCCGCCGCGCACGAGAACGGCAACGACGGCAUCGAGGCGGGGAACCUGUCCGUGGUCCGGGACAACACGCUGACGGAGAACGGGCAUCACGGCAUCCUCGUCACCGGGUUCAAUACCGCGGUCGUCGGGAACACGCUCACGCUCAACCCCAUCAGGAUCGAUGGGAGCCAGUGCCGCGUCAUCGGCAAUUCGAUCCUUAUGGGUGUCCUGGACAGCGUCGAGAUCACCGGGACCUCCAACCUGGUGAUCCGGAACGACUGGGACACGUUCAUCACCCACCCGGGCGGGAGCAACGUGGUCCCCGUCGCGGCCGAUCCGGCGACGGCCGGCGCGAACGACAACAUCCA